GGUACGUGCUGAGUGCGGGAAAGGGGAAGCGAAUCGGGGCCAAGAGAGGGGGGAACACGGUGUGAGGGAGGGAGCGAAUCAGUGGAGAGUGAAGCAGGGGCACCCACGGUGGGGAACCCCCCCGUCCCGGCCCAUGGCCACCGUUGCCGGGCCCUGACCUCCCCCGCCAUGGAGAAGCCGGCGCUGCCAGCGGGGGGACCCGCCGAGGCGCCCGGCCCCUAUGUCCCGUGCCUGCGCCGGGACUGCUGCGAGCGGGUGGUGAUCAACGUGGCGGGGCUGCGGUUUGAGACCCAGGCCAGGACCCUGCUCCGGUUCCCCAACACCCUGCUGGGCGACCCCCGGCGCCGGCUCCGCUACUACGACCCGCUGCGGAGCGAGUUCUUCUUCGACCGCAGCCGGCCCUGCUUCGACUCCAUCCUCUACUACUACCAGUCGGGCGGGCGGCUGCGGCGCCCCGCCAACGUCCCUCUCGACAUCUUCCUGGAGGAGCUGAAGUUCUACCAGCUGGGCGAGGAGGCGCUCAGCAAGUUCCGGGAGGACGAGGGCUUCGUCCAGGAGGAGCAGCGCCCGCUGCCCGGGCCCGAGUUCCUCAAGCAGGUCUGGCUGCUCUUCGAGUACCCGGAGAGCUCGCAGGCCGCCCGCAUCAUCGCCAUCAUCUCCGUGCUGGUCAUCCUCAUCUCCAUCGUCAUCUUCUGCCUCGAGACGCUGCCCGAGUUCCGGGACGAGCGGGACAUUUCGCUGCCGAUCCCCCAUCACCGGGCCAACAGCAGCCACGUGCACGCCCCCAAGAGCCAGCUGGACGACCCCUUCUUCAUCGUCGAGACCAUCUGCAUCUGCUGGUUCUCCUUCGAGCUGGCGGUGCGGUUCCUGGCCAGCCCCAGCAAGCCGGCCUUCUUCAAGGACAUCAUGAACAUGAUCGACUUCGUGGCCAUCAUCCCCUACUUCGUGGCGCUGGGCACGGAGUUCGCCCGGCAGCGGGGGGUGGGCCAGCCGGCCAUGUCGCUGGCCAUCCUCCGGGUCAUCCGGCUGGUCAGGGUCUUCCGCAUCUUCAAGCUCUCGCGCCACUCCAAGGGGCUGCAGAUCCUGGGCCAGACCCUCAAAGCCAGCAUGCGGGAGCUGGGCUUGCUCAUCUUCUUCCUCUUCAUCGGCGUCAUCCUCUUCUCCAGCGCCGUCUACUUCGCCGAGGCCGACCACGCCGAGACCAACUUCACCAGCAUCCCUGAGGCCUUCUGGUGGGCCGUGGUCACCAUGACCACGGUGGGCUAUGGGGACAUGUCCCCCGUGACGGUGGGCGGGAAGAUCGUGGGCUCGCUGUGCGCCAUCGCCGGGGUCCUCACCAUCUCCCUCCCGGUGCCCGUCAUCGUCUCCAACUUCUCCUACUUCUACCACCGGGAGACGGAAGGCGAGGAGCAGGGCCAGUACGUCCACGUGGCCGGCUGCCCUGGCCACCUGCCCUCCCCGCUGGUGCCCGCCCGCCGGGAGAAGGCCUGCGGCAAGGAAGACACGUACUGUGGAGAUGGGGCCCUGGCGCUGCCCAACUGCCGGCUCCUGGAUGGGAUGGUGGCCUCGGCCAGCAGCCAGCCGGUCCUGUUGGAGCCCCAGCAACCCAACCGGGGCCUGGUGACCCAGGUGUGAACCUGCUGGCACCUCUCCCCACCCAAUUUCCGACCCGCCGCCCCCACCGCUCCUCGGCACCUCUCUUGGGCGGUGGGAGACGAGAUUGGGUCCUGGUUUUGGCCACUCUGCUUCUAACCAGAGAGGGGCGAGGGAGUGAGGGGUGUCUCCUGGCAUGGAUACUGCCCCCCCUCACCUGGCCAGAAAGCUCUGGAUGCAGCCGGCCCAGUACGGACGCCUCCCCCGCCCCCCCAGUCCCGUCUCCAGCUCCCUGACUGAGAGCAGCUGGCCCCGGGGCACUUGCUGAGCUCACCUCAGCAUGUUCUCGGGUUACAUCUGCUGGAGAGCGCCCUGGAACAUACCCCACGCCACCGAGCCCCAAAUAGCAAGCGUGGGGAUAAAUAAGGGAAGGCUUCUUGCCAAGGUAUCUCAGCGAGCUUUGCAGGGCAAUACAAUCCCAGCCGUUGGAGAGGUGGAGGGCCAGGGGCAGGGGCAGGGGCUGGGGAGGCGGCCAGAGCCCCGGGGACAUUGUGACUGUGUUUCACGUGCUGGACUGGGGUUGUCUCCCGUUCAGUGGAAUCCUCCCACCCCCGUGUCCCACUUUGGGAGCCAUCCUUCUCCUCAGCUCCACACCUCAACUAGGGACAUGCCCAGCCCACCUGGCCUCUCCCAUGGGGGCAGAUUCAAAGCUGGGGCCGGGAUGGUUGCUUCUGCCAUGUCUCCUUCCUGCCCCCACCAGGUGCAGGGCGGAUCUCCCCUGGAGACGUUUGCCUGGUAAGCUGGGCUCAAAGGCGUCGGCCCUUCCACAAAACGGGCCAAGCAAAGAGAAGAAAACUUGGCUCACGGCGUCCAUAAGGGCGAGCUCCACGCUGGUGCCCCAGCUCAGCCUCGACUUAACUCAGUGGGUCACUCAGCUUGUCCCCAACCCAACGCAGUCCAGGACCCUCCAGUCCCACAACCCUACGCAACUCAAUCCCCUCCCAACCCAACCCAGCCCAGUCCGUUCCCAACCCAAUGCAGUCCAGUCCCCUGCAACCCUACGCAACUCAAUCUCUUCCCAACCCAGUCCAGUCUGUCCCCAACCCAACGCAGUCCAGUCCCCCACAACCCUACGCAACUCAAUCCCCUCCCA